CCUCUCAACAUCCUCUUCUGCGGCGCCGACGCUUUCUCUCUCCCCUCCCUGAAAGCACUGCACGAUCUCUCCUUGCAGUCUCCAUCAAACAUCACCUCUCUGACCGUCCUCUGCCGACCGGACAAAUACACCGGACGAGGCUACAAAACUCUCUCCUCUCCACCCAUCAAGUCGUUCGCCCAGUCUCUCGAGAUCCCCGUCCUUCAACGAGACACCUUCACCGGAUGGACACCAUCUUCACCCGUUGACUUGAUCGUCACAGUCUCCUUCGGCCUCCUCGUGCCAGCCAGGAUCUUGCAAGCCGCCAAAUAUGGAGGCGUCAAUAUCCACCCUUCGCUACUUCCGGACUUGAGAGGUCCGGCGCCGAUUCAGAGGGCGCUAUUGGAGGGACGGAGGGAGACGGGCGUCAGUUUGCAGACGAUGCAUCCUGAGCGAUUCGAUGCAGGCAAGGUGUUGGAUCGAAGGAAGGUGGACGUGCCGGAGAAUGCAGGCGUUGGGGAUAUGAUCAGAAUCCUGGGUCCUCUCGGAGCGGAGAUGCUUGGGAACUAUGUCUCUUCAGAUGCAUUCGCGGAUGGAGUGAGAGGUCAUGAAGAUGUCAUGCAAGAUGAGGAGAAGUCAAAGUCGAGCUACGCGGCGAAGCUCACGAAGAAAGACCAGCAUGUAGACUGGACGACCUGGGACGCAGAGCAAGUGGUGCGGUACGAUCGGGUACUGGGAAAUUUGUGG